GUUGCACAUAUUUAUCAAUUUGUUAGGCAAAGAUAAAGGAAACAAGGGAAUGAUGAAAAGUGGGAGCAAAAGAAAAGGAGAAAAGAAUUCCAAGAAAAUAAAAAGUAGGAGUGGAGAUAGCAGACAAAGGUAGAAUACAGAGGCAAGAGAAAGUGAGAUGAUGGUGUAGGAGCUUCAAAUAAAGGGAACUGGACCGUAGACAGGAGGGUGUAGAUGGAUGGUGGUGUGGUAGUAUUAUAGAAGAUGAAGUGUCUCUCUCUCUUGAUGUCUAGCAGUACCACCAACAAAACCCACUGAAGCAAAUUAUCAUGAUGAAACUCCCUCUGCACCCUGCACUCCGAAAAGGCGAUUGGCAUCCUCAUCAAAACCUUCCUUCCCUUAAAUUUACCCCUUUGAACACCACCCCCUUCUCAUCCACAACUCCCAACAGCCCAAAACCAUGAAACAUUUUCUUCUCUUUCUCAUCACAUUCUCCUUCCUCUGCCAAACACACCUACUCAUACUUCUCUCUGCCACAACAACCCUGCCCCUCCAACUUGUUGCUCUCCUCUCCAUAAAAUCAUCCCUCCUAGACCCUCUCAAUAACCUCCAUGACUGGGACCCCUCCCCCUCCCCCACCUUCUCCAACUCCAAUCCCCAACACCCCAUAUGGUGUUCCUGGAGAGCCAUCACAUGCCACCCCAAAACAUCACAAAUCACCACCCUAGACCUCUCCCACCUCAAUCUCUCCGGCACUAUCUCCCCCCAAAUCCGCCACCUUUCCACCUUAAACCACCUUAACCUCAGUGGAAAUGACUUCACCGGGAGUUUCCAAUACGCCAUUUUCGAACUAACAGAACUGAGAACACUAGACAUCAGCCACAACUCCUUCAAUUCAACCUUUCCACCGGGUAUAUCAAAACUCAAAUUCCUCAGGCACUUCAACGCCUACAGCAACAGCUUCACCGGCCCUCUCCCCCAAGAGUUAACCACCCUUCGUUUCAUCGAACAACUGAACCUCGGCGGAAGCUACUUCAGCGACGGGAUUCCACCAAGCUAUGGCACUUUCCCGAGACUCAAGUUUCUAGACUUAGCCGGUAACGCCUUCGAAGGUCCACUCCCACCCCAACUAGGCCACUUGGCUGAACUAGAACACUUGGAAAUUGGAUACAACAAUUUCUCAGGAACACUACCCUCAGAACUGGGAUUGCUUCCUAACCUCAAAUACUUGGACAUCUCAAGCACUAACAUUUCAGGGAACGUGAUUCCGGAGCUGGGAAACCUCACCAAGCUGGAGACACUUCUGCUGUUCAAGAACAGGUUAACAGGGGAAAUCCCAUCAACCUUAGGAAAAUUGAAGUCACUUAAAGGCCUUGAUCUGUCAGACAACGAACUCACUGGGCCAAUCCCCACUCAAGUCACCAUGCUAACCGAGCUAACCAUGCUCAACCUAAUGAACAACAACCUCACAGGGGAAAUACCACAGGGGAUUGGAGAACUACCUAAGCUAGACACUCUGUUCCUCUUCAACAACUCACUCACUGGAACACUCCCUCGACAACUUGGCUCCAACGGGUUACUGCUGAAACUAGAUGUUUCCACAAACUCACUCGAAGGUCCAAUCCCUGAAAAUGUGUGCAAAGGUAACAAGCUCGUGAGACUCAUACUCUUCCUCAACAGAUUCACCGGUUCUCUCCCACAUUCCCUCGCCAACUGCACCUCACUCGCUAGGGUUCGCAUCCAAAACAAUUUUCUCAACGGUUCAAUCCCCCAAGGCCUCACGCUCCUCCCUAACCUAACAUUUCUAGACAUCAGCACCAACAACUUCCGUGGUCAAAUUCCGGAACGCUUAGGUAAUUUGCAGUACUUCAACAUGUCCGGAAACUCCUUCGGAACCUCCUUACCGGCCUCUAUUUGGAAUGCUACUGAUCUUGCGAUCUUCUCUGCUGCUUCCUCGAACAUCACUGGUCAAAUUCCUGAUUUCAUAGGGUGUCAGGCAUUGUAUAAGCUCGAACUGCAGGGAAAUUCCAUCAACGGUACGAUUCCGUGGGACAUUGGACACUGCCAGAAGCUCAUUUUACUGAAUCUGAGUCGAAACUCACUCACCGGAAUCAUUCCCUGGGAAAUCUCCAUUCUCCCUUCCAUCACCGACGUUGAUCUCUCUCACAAUUCCCUCACCGGAACCAUUCCUUCGAACUUCAACAACUGCUCCACGCUCGAGAAUUUCAACGUUAGCUUCAACUCCCUCAUCGGUCCAAUUCCUUCCUCCGGCAUUUUCCCGAACCUACAUCCUUCCUCCUACGCCGGCAACCAGGGGCUCUGCGGCGGCGUGUUGGCCAAACCCUGCGCCGCCGACGCCCUCGCCGCCUCCGAUAACCAGGUCGACGUCCACCGCCAGCAGCCGAAGAGAACCGCCGGUGCAAUAGUCUGGAUCGUCGCGGCGGCGUUCGGUAUCGGCCUCUUCGUGCUCGUCGCCGGCACGCGCUGCUUUCACGCGAACUACAACCACAGGUUCGGCGACGAGGUAGGGCCGUGGAAGUUAACGGCGUUCCAGCGUUUGAAUUUCACGGCAGAGGACGUGCUGGAGUGUUUGUCGUUGUCCGAUAAGAUACUGGGGAUGGGAUCCACGGGAACGGUUUACAGAGCAGAAAUGCCAGGUGGCGAGAUCAUAGCGGUUAAGAAGCUGUGGGGGAAGCAGAAGGAGAAUAAUAUCAGACGGAGGAGAGGGGUUCUGGCUGAGGUGGAGGUGUUGGGAAACGUGAGGCACAGGAAUAUCGUGAGGUUGUUAGGGUGCUGCAGCAACAAUGAGUGCACCAUGCUGCUUUACGAGUACAUGCCCAAUGGCAAUUUGGAUGAUUUGUUGCAUGCCAAAAAUAAAGGAGAUAAUUUAGUUGCUGAUUGGUUCAAUAGGUACAAGAUCGCCUUGGGUGUGGCUCAGGGAAUUUGUUAUCUCCACCAUGACUGUGAUCCGGUAAUCGUACACCGUGAUCUCAAACCUAGUAACAUAUUAUUGGACGCUGAGAUGAAGGCCAGAGUGGCAGAUUUUGGUGUUGCCAAGUUGAUUCAGACCGAUGAGUCCAUGUCUGUCAUUGCCGGUUCCUAUGGCUACAUUGCUCCAGAAUAUGCUUACACCCUUCAAGUCGAUGAGAAGAGUGACAUUUACAGCUACGGAGUGGUGUUGAUGGAGAUCCUUAGCGGAAAACGUUCGGUGGAUGCAGAAUUUGGCGAUGGGAACAGCAUUGUUGAUUGGGUUAGGUCUAAGAUAAAGUCAAAAGAUGGCAUUAAUGACAUAUUGGACAAGAAUGCAGGGGCAGGGUGCACCUCAGUGAGAGAAGAGAUGAUACAAAUGCUUAGGAUUGCAUUGCUUUGCACCAGUAGAAACCCAGCGGAUAGGCCUUCUAUGAGGGAUGUUGUGUUGAUGCUGCAAGAGGCCAAGCCAAAGAGGAAAUUGCUUGAUAGUGUUAUUGUGGGUCGAUGUGCUGGGGACAAUGUGGUUGGUGGUGGUGGGGGUGACAUUCCUUUGCCACAAAAGCCAACCGCGGAUCAAUGCUAAUGUGUUUAUAUGAUUGAAAUGUUUUUUCUUCUUCUUCUUCUUUUUUAUAUUUUGGAUAUUUUUCUUAUUGUGGGGGAUUGGUAUAGGAGAAAGUCAUUUUCUAUUUUACUUCCAAUGGAAUUUCAAGUGUUACUUGUUCUAGUUUUUCUCCCGUGUUAUAUAUUGUCAUGACUCUUGUUUGCUAAUGCUUAUAUAUAUUAGAAAGUGUGCGGCUCAUGAA